CUAAAACCCUAGUUGUGCGCGGACUCAACAGGAAGGAAGAGAGCAACCCCUGGAGUUCCCGGCCGACCAUUUGUCCGAGGCUGCGCGAGGUGUUGCCGCGAGAGAGAGAGAGAGAGAGAGAGAUGGGAAGCGACAGCGAAGCCGAGAGAUCGCAGAAGGAGAAGAAGAAGAUGCAGGCGCUCGCCCCCAUCGCUAAGCCCCUCGCCGGCAAGAAGCUCGGCAAGCGCGCCCUCAAGCUCGUCCGCAGAGCUGCUGAAGACAAAUGCUUGAAAAGAGGCGUGAAGGAGGUUGUUAAGAGCAUCCGGCGCGGUCACAAAGGAGUAUGCGUCAUUGCUGGGAACAUAUCUCCUAUCGAUGUCAUCACUCAUGUCCCUAUUCUGUGCGAAGAGUCCGACAUUCCCUACAUCUAUGUUCCAUCGAAAGAAGAUCUAGCGAAUGCAGGUGCCACCAAGAGGCCUACAUGCUGUGUUCUGGUGCUAACAAAGCCAACAAAGGGUGACUUAAGUGCCGAGAAACAGGACAAACUGAAAGCAGAGUAUGAUCAAGUUGUCAAUGAUAUUUCCGAGCUGACUUCCUCCUUGUUCUGAACAUCAAGAAGAAAUGCAGUAACAACUCCACCCCCUUUUUUUUUUUUUUUUUUUUUUUUUGAGUUCAUACUCUUUGGUUGGAUGUAAACAGUGGUGUUGUAACACAGCCACACAGUGGCAAAAUGGAUGUAAACAGGGCGUGGUCAAUUGCUUGUAUUUCCACUACCUGGUCGUUAUGACAAUCAUUUUUGCGUUUAGACUGGCGAUGAGGAUGGAAGACUCUUCGAAUGUAGGUUUUCUGGAAUUCAAAUGAAGGUUUCAGUUUGAACUGCCUUAGUGUGGUGUA